AUGAUUAAUUAGAAUAAUUCUAAAAGUUUUGUAGCUGUUAAUCGAAGUCAAACAAACAAAACUGUGUAAGAAUUUAUUCGACAAGACUUAAAAAAACUUAGAAGAAAGAAAAAGAAUUUGAAUCAACUCUUUUAGGAUGUUGAGGAAAUUGCUUAGAUUUCUUUAUCAAAGAAUUAUUCAGAAGACAAUAUUGAUGAAGAUGAUUAAGACACAGUCGAAUUGAUUAAUUAGACUUAUUAAUUAAAAAAAUAAGAACUAGAAUAGAAUUCAUCAUAAAAUAGCAGUAGAAUUUUGCCAAAUGUUUUAAGUAAACAGAAAUCAGACAGGUCAUUAAGAGAAUCUAAAGAUGUAAGUAAAUUAACUAGCAUUACAAAAAUACACAUUACUCAAAACGACGACUCACUUAUAAGUGAUAGGAGUAUUAAAUUAAAAAAGACUUCCUACACACAACGUAAUAUCAAAUCAAUUAGAGUUACUGAUUAACACUCUAAAACAUAACCAAAAGUAAGGCUCUCAACCAAAAAGUAACAAGUCCAAACUUCUUAAAUUGAUGAAAAAGAUAAGUUACCUUUAAUUUGGCAAUAAUAUUAUAAUAUUUAACCAGAAACAGAAAAAGUAGAAGUGAAAAACUCCUUUUUGAAAUUAAACGAUCAGUUCAAAAAAAUGAGAGAACAAGUACUUGAGCCGUUCUUAAAAGAUCAAAAACUCAAAGUGAAAUUAAUGACACCACUUAUUAUAAGAAAGGAUAAACCGUACUUUGUGGCUGAAAAUAAAGAUAAUAGUAUUCUAAUUUUAAUAAUAAUAUCUAGAGAAUCUAAUUGA